CUGUUUAUUAUUAUUAUUAUUUUUUUUUUUUAAAUUUUUUAUUUUUAUUUAUUUAUUUAUUUAUUUAUUUAUUUUUUUAUUUUUUUAUAUAAAAUUAUUAUAAUGUCUCAAACAAGAUUUCUUUGUUAUGCAGUUUUUUUAAAUCACCAAAAUAAGAUUUGGCAACAGUUUUUUCUUUGUACUGCCCAGUUGGAAAGCAUUAGUCAUCUAAUUUUGGUGUGACAUCUUGAUUUUGCAUGCUGGCUAAUAAAAAAACACAACAACAUCAAGCCUCACUAAAUGUGUGGCAAGUCAGAAGGACAGAUGUCACCGGAGACAGAUAUUCCUUUCAUUGGAGACUAAAAUUUGCAUACAAACAACUGAGUACGCUGUGAGUCAAACCCACGUCACACCAAGGCGCAGCGCGUGCCUCUCCGAUAGCACUCGUUUUACGCUCACUAAGUUUUUUACACUUGAGUGAGCACAGUUUAUGCUGUGAAUAUUACCUUAUGUAGCACACCUAGACAGCAUGUGUUAGUGACAAUUGUGUGACAGUCGGAUUAAAGGAGAGAAAACACCCUGUAACAUAUUUAACAUAUUUACAUUCAUACGUCGUCGUAAGCAGUGGAUUUGUUUUGCUGUGUAUUAUGGUGGAUAACGUUGCUCAUAUCUUUGUGUGUGUGGGUUUUUUGUGUGUGAGUGUGUGACGGUAUCCUUUUUUUAGCUACUUAUGUAGAUUAAGAUAAUUGUAAGGAUGUCUGAAGGCCGAUAGCCGGUGGUAUCAGUGAUAAGUAAACCAAACCAGCUACUGCUCAUGCUCUGUGCUUGUGGAGGAAGUUACCUUUGUGGAGAUGGAAGACUCGCCGAUCAAGCCACAUGUGUUGUGACCAUUAUCUCUUGUGAGUCUCUAUCUCGUCUCUCUCUCUCAGCUCUCUCGCUCGGAGAAGAUUUGGGUGUUCUGGUCUCACAGACCAGGCAGUGCGAGCCACACUGGUGAUCUACACUGGUGAUCAGAAAGCGAGAGGCUAUUUUUAGCGGCUGGCAACAAGGAAACAGGAGUAGAGGUGCACCUUAUAACAUACAUACAUACAUACAAGUAUUGGUGUGGCUUGUUGUGCUGUCUGUUUUGAGACUUGACUGGUAGCCAGAAAAACCAAGAUGACUUUCACACUUGGUAGUCUAACCAUCUGUGUGAGGGUUAGGAAUGGAAAAUAGAUGCUCGUCUGAUAGAUCAGCACCACCUCUGAAAUAUAAAAAUUCGGGAUCCGAUGUUAAUCUUUCGUCACUGCAAUUCUUCGAUCUUAAAUUCAGUGAUCUCUCUUCCUCGGAUAGUUACAGUUUUUUUCGACAUGGGUUUAUCGACGAAGACGAUUUCGAGGAGUUCAAACAGGAGUUGAGGGACUUUAAACGACUCCAGAGGGAGAUUAACGAAGACCUUCAGUUACAGAGUCAGGCCAGAAAGAAACGUCAUCGGCGCUUUCACAUCGGCAUCUUGGAACAACAAGAGCAACAGCAGCAGCGGUGUCAGCGAAGUGUAUGUGAGAAUAGCUUCCUUUAUGAUCCACCGAUGGAACUGUUUGGUGGUGAUGAACAUUACGAAGAGUUUGAGCGGGUUUUCGAUACGAUCAGCAGUCGGAAACGGUUUUCCACGGACGUUGAUGAGUACAGUCGAUACAGAAUGCAGCAGCGUUCGCCAAGUGUUGAAUCGGACGGGUCGAGAAUUAAAGACCCAUCUCCGUUUAGAUUCUCUUACGGCAGUCGGCACAGACUCGACUUUGCCGACAUCGACGACAGCUUUAUGGACUUUUUCAACAAUGACGAAGAUUUCAUGGAGUUCGAAAAGGAAUUUGAAAAGUUCAAGCCAAGAAGACGAUCUCACGUUUUGGAUGAUGAUUUACCUUCCUUCGGCAGCAGCUGUGAUAUUUUCGAAGAUGUUCAGAUGUUCUGUGAUCGGAGUCUUAAUAACGAUAGUAAUAGUGGUGCUUCUGAAAAUUGUAACCGUGUGCCCGAUGGGGAGGGUGAUUUUCAAAUGUGGAAUUCUGCGGAGGAGUGGGACUUCGUGUUGAAUAAACUCAAACGGAAUAGCAGGCUGUUUAGUGAGAAAAAUCCAGUUUCGGAUGAAUGUAAAAAUCAACACAGAAAAACACAUGUGGAUAGUAGUAAUGUUUGUAGUUCCAAUCGCUCGUCUGGCUGUGAUAUUGAUGAUAACGAAGACUGUCACUACACGUGUCAUCACAAGUGUUUACAUUCUGUGGAAUUGGACUGUGCAUCAGUGUGUGCUCAAAACACUACAACAGAUACAGAACAGUCGCCCGCAACAACGCCAAAGAACUCACCGUCUCGCGAACUGCAGUCGGAGACAAUGACACCUGUUUCAUUAGACAUAUCUCCAGAAAAAGCUAUUAACAGUUCGUGUAAUUGUUCAUCGGAGUUACCUGUCCCUGUCGUCGUAGAGGAUCUGGUUGGGGAUGAUCGAGCAGACAACACAAAUGAGAAAGAUGAAACUGACAGUGGGUACCGGUCUGGCACCAUACCAGACGAACAUCUCCCCAAAGCCAAAGGCCAGGCCACUCUCAACAGAGAAGACAUGAAGAAAACGAUAGACGAAUAUAAUAAACACUUCCCAGGCUCUAGCUUUGAACUGGAGGAGAAAGGUGAAACAUUCCAUGGUUUUCUCAAGGUCACUCUGAACCUGGUUCGACCAAUCACAAUGUCCCUUGGUGCCCGUCCUCCGUCAAUUUACGAACUGCUGACCAAAGAGCACAUCGUGGAGCAGAACACCAUGCAGGUGGCAUUCUACAUGCCCAGAGACACGGUCAAGUCCAUUCACGUGUCUAGUACAACUACUACAAAAGAAGUGAUCACAUCUCUACUGAAAAAAUUCCACAUUCUCGAUCACCCAAGGAAGUUUGCCAUGUAUGAGCAAGAAUUCAACAAAACUAAACUUACGAGACUAAGAAGAGUGACUGACAAGGAAUGUCCGCUAGUUGUCGUGCUUGGAUGGAAACCAACCGAGACUAGUCGGUUUCGUCUUGUUUUACAAGAAAAUGAGACAGGAGAAAUAGUGUGGGAUGGAUUCAGCUGUGUUGAGCUGUCAAACUUUCUCAAAGUUCUUGACCGAGAGGAGGAGGAAUGCACGGCCCAGCUGCAGUACAAGUACAAAGUGAUGAAGAGGAUUAUUUCUCAGAGACUCAAAGAGAUACGGAAGGAGAGGAAGAAAGCCCUCGAGGAUUCGCCCACAAAAUGAUGAAAACAAGUGAACACUCAACUCGGCUGGUGUUACGGGUUUUCAUCAACUGAAACACUGUGUUCACUUCAAAAACACUUCUUCUUUUUUAAUUCUAGACACAGAUGCCAAAAUGCUUGGAGAAAUACUUCACCAUAUCUUUUUGUAUGAACAUAAACUGUAUUUUGCUCACAUUACAAGAAGUUUGUUUUGGGAGAGAAAAAAACACCCCAGCUUUAAGUUUUAUAAUAGACAUUAGUCAGCAAAAACAAUGGUACGGAAAUAAAAGGAUAUUAAUAAGAAUCUUAAUCAGCUUCUGUUUGAUAUGGAUAUGUAUUGACAAAGAGUGAGGUCGUGUAUCAAUAUGGACCUGUAUUAGCACUUCAAGUUUCUGUUUGAUAUGGAUAUGUAUUGACAAAGAGUGAGGGCGUGUAUCAAUACAGACCUGUAUUAACACUUCACGUUUCUGUUUGAUAUGGAUAUGUAUUGACAAAGAGUGAGGGCGUGUAUCAAUACGGACCUGUAUUAGCACUUCAAUUUUCGGUUUGAUAUGGAUGUGUGUUGACAAAGUGUGAGGCAUGUAUCAAUACGGACCCUGUAUUAGCACUGUUCGAUAUGGAUGUUUAUCAAUACAGACCUAUAUUAGCACUUCAAGUUUCUCUUUGGACCAGUAUCAGCAUGAACCAGCACUGACUGUGGAAUAUGAGUUGAGAUGACCUGUAUUGGCAUGAACCGAUAAUGACAGAGAAUAACCAAUAUUACGAUUGCCAAGUUCUGUUUGAUAUGGACCUUUAUUGACAUGAACCGAUAAUGACGACAGAGAAUAACCAACAUUAUAAAGAUGUUUCAUAUCAACCUGUAAUUGGCAUGAACUGAUAAUGACAGAGAAGGACCAAUAUUACGAUUGUUAGUUUAUGUUUGAUAUGGACCUGUGUUGGCAUGAACCGUGAAUGACCAAUAUUAGUAUUGCUAAGUUCUGUGUGAUAUGGACCAGUAUUGGGAUGAACUGAGAAUGACCAUUAUUGUGAUUGUUAGUUUCUGUUUGAUAUGGACCUCUAUUGGCAUGAACCGAGAAAGACCAAUAUUAGGAUUGCUAAGUUCUGUUUGAUAUGGACCUCUAUUGGCAUGAACCGAGAAGGACCAAUAUUAGGAUUGCUAAGUUCUGUUAGAUAUGGUUCUGUUUGAUAUGGACCUUUAUUGGCAUGGACCAUUAUUGACAAAGAAUGACCAAUAUUAGAUCUUUGAUAUCAACCUGUAUUUGCAUGGACCAAUAUUGACAGAGAAUGACAAAUAUCAGAAUUGCUUGGUUCUGUUUGAUAUGGAAUUAUUGGCAUGCACCACUUGUAUGUACAUAAGAAAGGUAAAGAAUGACCUAUAUUUGUACUGUAUGGUUCUGUGUUAUUAUUCUGUAAUUCUGACUUCAUCUGUGGAGAGAGAUCAGUUGAUUUAUAAGUAUAUCAACAUGGUGAAGUGUAUUUGGGUGGAGGCAUCGAAACAAGUCGAGAACCGUCAUUUAUGAUUGCCAUAUAUCAAGAAGGUCUACAUAUACAAAUAUCAGUACACUGAGACUGAUUUGAAUGAGUAAUUAAAAUUAAAUAUGAGUGUCUGUUAAGGAAUUCUAUAGAAGAAAUCAUGUGGUUUGUAAACUUGAUAAAUGUGUUGCAACCUGUUGGUUACCAGGUGUGGAGUUUGUGGUAACCUGCACAUGGGAAUUCUAUAGGGACUUUAAACUUGAUAAGUGUGUUAAACCUAGAGGUUACAAAGUGUGUGUUUUGUUGAAUCAUGCACAUGGGUUACCACACACUGUAUAUUUCGAUGCCUGUGGAUGUUGGAGAUAUGCAGAACAACAGCACAGUUCCGUAACAAGUGUAAACAAGAAAAAGAGUAAAAGGAUUAGUGUUUGAUGUGGACACCUUGCGUCAUCACUUGGAUUUGGAUCUCACUAGCAUAUAACCCAGAGACAUGGACUAACAAGCAAGGACGGAGUUUGUUUAACCGGAAACCGAAAUAUUUAUAAGAUGCCGUACCAGAAUGUACAAAACCAAGGUGUUCAUUAUGUUUGAAAGUAGGAGGCUGUUUGAUAAAUAAAAUAGGUGGCAGUGGCGGCAGCAAUAGACAAAACAUGCUGCCUGACACCUAUAAUGGUAUAAUGGUAGAAACUGGAUACCAGUGUAAGUGAUGUUAAUAUCAUAGGCAUUGAAAUAAGUCGAGAACGAUUGAGGUUAUCAGGUAUCUACCAUAUUUCAAGAAAGUCAAGAAUGAUACUUAGUUCUCCACACAAACAAAAUUUUAAAACAAAAAACACCAGCGCCUACAUUUUGAUCAAUUGUGUACUGUUUAAAUAUAAAUUACAUACACAAGUAUCAGGAUAAUAAGAACAGUGAUAUAAAUUAAUAACAAAGUAUCAAUGAUUUGUGAAGGAAAAAUAAUUGGGAAUUGUAAACUUCAUAAAUGUAUUUUAGGCUGUAAAUAACCAGAUCCUAUAUUUUCUAAGCUGUCUUUUUACUAGGAUAUUAUAAUACUGUCGUAGACUAUAACGCCACUGCAACACACUUCAUAGGCCCAAUGGUUUUACAGUGCUAAAUCAGGGCUCACACUGGAAUGAAUUUUGGUUUAGCCAGUUUUCAGAUAUGUCAAGUAUUUCCUUGAAAAUGAUUAAAAUGUGGUAAAUUAAAGUAAGAUUUUAUUCGCCAGAUGCAAAAUGUUGUAGCCAUUUUGCAUAAAAAUUAGCAAUUGGCAGAGUGAGCCCUGCUGAGGCAGCUUCGAAAAUAUGGGCCCAGGUGCAUAAUUUAUGGUAACCUGUACAUGGAUUACCAGACAACCUGCUUAUUUUGAUGCCUGUUAUAGGAUCCAGAAGAUUGCAAGAAUCUUUUUAACAGAUUUAAGAUUUUCUUGGAAGGAAGGGACCAAACUAAAAGUUGACUUGAAUUGGUGUUGUGCUCACGGGAGGCCAUGCUUUUGAUGCAGCAUUUUAAAGAUGAUGGACCAUAUUUACAAAGCCUGUUUUUGUUAAAUGCAGGUGUUUAAGCAUUGUAAAUGUAUGUAGUUACACGUAUGUAAGACAUAAACAGGCUUUGUAAAUUCGCCCCGAUGUGUUUGAUGUUCUGAGGCUGUCAGUUCUCUGAUGAUGUUUAGUUUGGAUCUCAUGAAAGAGUCUGAACUGUCUGACUAUUAAAGGGAGGCUCUGGGGGAUACAGUCCAUUAAGAUUCUACACCAGAUUUGAUUUAAACAUUAUCCACUUCGUUUCAAUGAAGUAUGUAAUAAUUAAAUGAGAUCUUGUGCUGGCUCUUGACUUAAAAUUUUCAGCUAUUAACUGCCCGGUUAGGGUAAUAUAUGCACAGCUAUUUCUGGUUUUACCUUUUAAUAUUUCAUUUCUUCCAUCUAUAAUUAAUGUUGAAUACAUUGGUGGUGUGGAGGUUUUGGCUUUAUCAUGUUGUGUUGGUGAAAGGUAAGAAAUCUUAAGUCAAACUGACUGUUUGUAAUAAUCAAUAUGUAAUGUCAGUGCAACUAAUAUCAUAUAUAUACUUUUUGUUUUGUUUUCAACACUGGAUUAACCAUCUGGAUCAACUGGAUUGUGCAAGAAAUGCAAAAUUUAAGCAUUAUUUUCAUUUAUAAUUUCACAACUUAUGACAUUAUUCACCACUCCUUUUCUCAAAUGUUCAGUUACUAACAUAUGGAUACAAAAUGUUUUUAAAAUUAUCUCUAACCUGCAUUAUAAUAGAAAAAAAUAGUUUCAGUUAUUAAUUAUAACAAAUACAUUUCAUUGAAUUUAAUUAAUCUUACUUCUCAAAACAAACUGCAGUUACUGUACAUUUCAUUCAAUCUGACAACUACUAGUAACUAUAGUGCCUACAACUUAAACCAGUGUGAACCAAACGUUCUGCACAAAAACUUUGUUAUUCCAGUCAAACUGCGUGCAGUCCAAAUUUGGUUUGUAAAUUUGAGCAGUAAAUUUAGAUUCUGGACUUGAUUGAUCCUGAAAUUUUAAAUAAUUUUGUGAAAAUUCAGAAAUGCAACUAACAUCUUUAAUCUGGGUCAUUAAAUUUACACAUACAUAUAUGGAAGUCAUUUUGGUGAAAGAAAAGAAUAUAACAAGUUAUAAUUAUCCAGCUUGUGUCACUAACAGAUUUUGUGAGCACUGACUAAAUACUAAAUGGUUCGGUUGUCAAAUUUUAAUAAAAGGAAAAAAAGGACAAAGCAGAAAUUGUAAAAUAA